AUGGCACCAGAAGCAGCAGCAAAAGAUGAGCUGAGAUUGGAGCAAAGGCAUGGUAAGGCAAGAGUGAGAGUAGCAAGAGUUUGGCGUCAAUCUCAUGACGGAGCUCAUCACUUUGUCGAAUGGAAUGUUAGCAUCAGUCUUCUCUCUCACUGCCUUUCUUCUUACCACCGUGACGAUAACUCUGACAUCGUCGCUACCGAUACCAUGAAAAACACUGUUUAUGUGAAGGCCAAAGAAUGUGGAGAUCGACUCUCAGUGGAGGAAUUUGCCAUACUUAUAGGGAAUCACUUUUGCUCAUUUUAUCCACAGGUUUUCACUGCUAUUGUCAAUAUCAUUGAGAAGCCAUGGGAGCGCGUAUGCAUCGACGGAAAACUACAUUUACAUGGUUUUAAGCUUGGCUCAGAGAAACAUACUGUGGAGGCAACAGUGCAAAAGUCUGGUGCUCUAAAGCUAAGUUCGGGUAUUGCAGGAUUAGCUCUGCUGAAGACAACUCAGUCAGGAUUUGAGGGGUUUGUGAGAGACAAAUACACCAUUCUGCCUGAAACUCGAGAGAGAAUGCUGGCCACAGAAGUGAAUGCAUCUUGGAGGUACUCAUAUGAGUCAGUUGCAAGCAUCCCGACAAAAGGACUCUACUUCAGUGAGAAGUUCAUGGACGUAAAGAAAGUUCUGAUGGAGACUUUCUUUGGUCCUCCCGAAACUGGCGUGUAUAGCCCUUCUGUCCAACGAACUCUCUAUCUUAUGGGAAGCGCUGUACUGAGAAGGUUCGCUGAUGUAUCAUCGAUUCACCUUAAAAUGCCAAAUAUUCACUUUCUACCUGUAAAUCUUUCAACCAAGGAAAACCCUUCAAUGGUUAAGUUUAAGGAUGAUGUAUACCUGCCAACCGAUGAACCUCAUGGAUCUAUAGAAGCAACCGUAAGCCGGAUAACCUCGAAAAUGUAA